AUGGGCCGUCACCAGAUUCACACUGGACCAGGCCUAGUGACCCCCAUCGCUGGCAUCGACUUGUCACGCUGCGGCGGGAAUCUUAACAACCCCGUCCGUGAUCUUGAGUGGCGUGCUUCCAAAGCUCAAGAUCUCAACACCACCUAUCGACGCAAGGCAGCCAAGAUCUACACUCACGGUGCCGUCGCCGACCUGGCCCCCUGUAGCCGAUGUGCCGAGGCCAAAGGCCCCUUCCAGAAGUGUGUGAUCGCAUGGGAUAACACUGGAUAUGUUAGCAACGCAAAUUGCGCUAACUGCUACUGGUUUCACAAGACUAGCUCGUGCGAUAGACGGUACGUCUUGCCAUGCCAGGCCUUGGCAGAAGAAGGUCAAGACCUUGGUGGCUUCGAGGAUGCCUGUAGAAUUCACUGCCACGGUGCUCACAUCCCUGAUGACGAUGGGGCCGAGAAUGAAGCGAAGUCUUCCGAUGAAGGGGAUGAGGAUACCGAUGACUACACCGAUCACCACAGCCACAGCCACAACGACAUGAACGAGGACAACGAUGCGGAUGGCAACGACGGUGAUUAUGAAAUGGAAGAGGAAGAUGCUGCGUCUGAAGUGGACGGCAUCAAGGGCAUGGACGAGAAUAUGCCUCGUGUCAACAAGCGUGAGGUAGAUGACGACGACGAAUACAAGCCACCAAAGGCAAAGAAGAUGUGUUAA